GUAUAAUUUAAUUUUAGGUAUUUAGGUUGGUAUACCUUUAAUUCCACAGAAAAUCAGUAAAACCUAACCCCAAACUAAAUCACUCGCAUCACACCACACACUCUCUCCACUCUCCAAAGGGCCGCACUCACCCACCCUCAUGCCCGUAACCUCAAAACUCUCCACUCUUUGCCGGCGACGGACAACUUCACAGUCGCAUCGCCGUCCAGCAUCAUAGUUCUCAGCCACACACUUCCUCUGCUCCUCGGUUUUGUCGUCGCCGUCGUGCUCCGUUCGUCUCCAUCCAACCUCUAUCCGUAGUCCCUCCGUUUCCAGCUUCGUGUCUCACCGUCAUGUCUGUUGUUCGGUUUUUUCGUCCUGCUCUAGUCUCGAGUCUCAGGGAAGAACAAAAGAAACUUAAUGCGUCUUUGGUGAAUUAGAAGGUGGAAUUGCAGCUCCAUCGAGAAAGAUGCUGUGGAGGGCAUUGUCCUUGCGGAAACCCUCUGCCACUUGUUUCUUCCAAUUGAAUCAGCAGAGAGGAAUGCAUGAUAGGAACAAGAAGGCGAUGGCGUUCAUCGCAAAAGGUUGGAACGCGUUGAAGGAGGUCGAUAGGGUAAUUGAUUACUGCGAGCUCAAUGAUACACGCCUCAUCCCUCUGCUUCUUAGAGCAAAGGAGAAUUUUGAGCUUGCUUUGGAGGCUGACAACACCAACACGCAUGCUAGGUAUUGGUUAUCCAGAUUGCACAUGAAGUAUCAUGUUCCUGGCGCUAAUAAAGCCGUUGGAGCUGCUUUAUUGGUCGAAGCUGCUGACAUGGGUGAUGCUGAUGCACAAUUUGCAUUGGGUUGUCAAUUGAGAAUUGAGAAUGACUACGUCCAAUCAGAUCAACAAGCUUUUUAUUAUUUGCAGAAAGCUGUUGAUCAGUUGCAUCCAGGUGCUCUUUACCUUUUGGGUGCUGUAUAUUUGACGGGCGAUUGCGUGAAGCAAGAUAUUGCUUCAGCAUUGUGGUGUUUUCAUAGGGCUUCAGAGAAGGGCCAUGCCGGAGCAGCUAUAGCAUUUGGAUCUCUUCUUCUUAAAGGUGUUAAGGUUCCAGAAACAAUAACAAAAUUCAGUUCGAAGAGAGGUUCUGCUACUCGCAAAGCUGGGAAGGGGAAAGAAAGUCUUGCAAUUGAUCCGGUAGAGAUGGCACGAGAAAAGUUCCAGAUAGCGGCAAAGGCAGGAUGUGAUCUUGGAUUCAAAUGGCUUGCUAGGUUAGAGGAGGAAGAGAGGCGAUUACUUACUGAAGGGUAUUCGGAUUCAAAUAAUGUGUCCAGUUAGUUUUUUGCAGCUGAGCUGAUCCAAUGUGAUUUAUUAUAGAGAUUGAGUAUUCUCAAAGAAAGAAAUGGAAAAUAAUUGGAUGUACUUGUGUUUUCUCUUUGUAUAUAUUCAUAAUCUUAUUUUAAGACUAAGACUAACCGAACAAUUUUGGAGUUCACUUGUACUUUUUUUUAAUAUUUCUUGUAAAUUGUAACUAUGGAAAUAAAACACGAUGAGUCUCUAAGAUAUCUACAUUA